GCUCCUGUGAUACAGUCAAGACUUACAACAGCGUGUAGUGAGAAGCGUUACUUUGCACUACUUACUACACACAGCGCGUAAAAUCCUCAAUUGGUUUCCGUGCGCGCAUUUACGCGCAUUAACAUCUUCCAUAAGUGAAGCCCUGUAAACGUCAGUUACCGCUUUAAAGGUGUUCAUUGUUCCUUUCGGAGAAGAGAAGCUAUGGAUGUGGUGUGUCUGCUGUGUUUGGUGCUGACCAUCGGUUCUUGGUUUGCCUCCGCCGAAAGACACAGCGUCUACUGGAACAGCUCGAACGCAAACUUUCAGUGGGAUGAGUAUACGGUGGAAGUGCGCAUCAAUGACUAUCUGGACAUCAUCUGCCCUCACUACACCCACGGCGAGGUGCCGUCGCAUGCGGCUGAGCGUUACGUGCUGUACAUGGUGGAGAGAGAGGACUACGAGGUGUGCAAGCCUCACUCCUUCGAUCAGCUCCGCUGGGAGUGCUCGCGGCCCUUCGCUCCUCAUGCUCCUGAAAAAUUCUCGGAGAAGUUUCAACGCUUCACCCCCUUCACCCUGGGAAAGGAGUUCCGGCAGGGAGAGAGCUAUUAUUAUAUCUCAAAGCCAAUGCAUCACCAUGGGAAGGACUGUCUGCGUCUGAGAGUGGAUGUAGUUGGACAUAAAGGCUCUGGAAAGAAUCACUAUGACAAAUCCAAAGCACAUGAAACAGAAAAAAUCUUGGAAGGAGGAGUUCACAACCCCUCUAACCAUCUCCCAGCAGAUGACCCUGCUGCGAUGGAGCCAAAUGUCCAGAGGAGUAUCGGCAACUCUGCAGCACAGCUGGUCUCUCGUUCACUUCUUUUUGCCCUGACCCCAGUCUUAUUAGCCCUGAUGCUACACUAAAGGCAGUGAAGACUCCACAACAGAGACAAUACUAACCCGAUGCUGGUCAUCGGGACGUGAACGAUCAGAGAUUCUUUUUAUACAGACUUUUUUUAUACGAGCAUGGACAGUGUGUGUUGUUCAGCGUGCGCUUGAUGUGGUUUUUGUGUGUGUGAAUGUGGAGCGUGGAUCGCUCCAAAAUAAAAAAGAGGACCUCAGAGACUUUUUUUUACUUUAUUUUGAGGAUUGAAAUUCUCAUUUAUGACCAUUUAAGCUGAAUAUUUUUCUUUUUUCAUUAUUAACAAAGUCGCAAACAGACAAACAGUCCAAACGCUUUGUUAUAAAUCGACGGCAGCAAGAUUACAUUAUCCUCACUGUCACGUGUCAUCACAUUUUCAUAGCACUGGUACAGCUGUGCGUUUCAUUAGUGAACUCUCUUCUUCUUCCUCUACAUGUAGAGAAACUAUUGAUAUUGUGUAUUGUUGUCGGCAGCUGCCACAAUAUGUAGGAUAAUGUAGGAUAUUUGUCAUGUUGUGUUGCACUCAACUCCUCGUUAUAAUGCUCCACAUUUCUAAAGUUAUCUGACAUGUUAUCAGUUGUAACGCAACCUGAGAAAACAAAUGCUCUAACAGUGCAGCAGUGGUUCUCGCCCCGAUUUCUGGCUUUUAGUGAUGUCUAUUGGUGCUCAUGCUGAUGAAAUCUUUUCAUGUAACCACGAUUAAAAAUGUAUUCCAAGAACUUAAA